UAAAGUUCGGUCGACCAUCCAAAAUACGAAGUGCGCCUCCCCUCCGUUUUUUUCAGCUCUUUUAUUCAUUUCUUCCCAGGCAAUGGCCGGGAGAAACCAUCUCCCUUCCCAUCAUCAGGUGGCCCGUGAUCUACCCUACGGAAGAGCACCCCACCCUCUCCUUCUCGAAGAUCCUCGCUUCCACCCUUACCCCGCCCGGCCCCACCACCCCUCUCUCCUCGAACCUCGCGUCCCGGUCCACCACCAUCACCCAAUCCAGACCCUCCUCGUCGACAACCAACGCCUCGCUGCCACCCACGUGGCUCUCAAGCAGGAGCUCUCCGCCGCGCAGCUCGAGCUUCGCCACUUGUCUGCUGCCGCUUCCAAGAUCAAGGCUGAGAGGGAUGCGCAGGUCAGGGAGGUCUACGAACGGUCCCUGAAGCUCGAAGACGAGGUCCGGUCGACCGAUGCUGCCGCUGCCGAGCUGGCUCAGGUGCGGUCGGACGUGCAGAAGCUGGGUUCUGCACGGCAGGAGCUUGCAGCACAACUGCAGACCCUCACGGGGGAGCUUGCACGGGCCCGCACGGAGCUGCAGCAGGUGCCCACCAUCAAGGUUGAAAUCGAGACCAUGCAGAAGGAGCUUCUGAGGGGCAGGGCUGCUGUUGAGUAUGAAAAAAAGGCACAUGCUGACAACCUUGAACAAAGUCAGGCAAUGGAGAAGAAUAUGAUUUCCAUGGCUCGUGAGGUUGAAAAACUACGUGCUGAACUUGCUAAUGCAGAGAAGAGAGCACGUGCAGCAGCUGCUGCUGCAGCAGCAGCAAACCCAGGUCCUGGAUAUGCUGGAAGUUAUGGAAACCCUGAGAUGGGAUAUGGUGGAAGUUCAUAUGCUGAUGCUUAUGGCACGUAUCAGGUUCAGGCUGUUGCUGAUGGUGGUUCUCAAUAUGGGUCUGGAGCUGUUUCACAUGGUGCAUAUGACAUGCAACAGACUAUUUUGCAUACAUAAACUAUCAAUCAGUAUUCCAAUGAUUUGUGCUUAGAGGUUUCAUUCUAGGUGCUUGGUUCCAACAUUUAAUGCCUCCAAAGAGUCUCAAAGUUCUAUUAGAGGCGUUUCAUGUUAGGAAAAACAAUAUUAGGUAUUUCGAUAUCCAGAAGCCUAGCUUUCCCCACUUAUAUCCUUGGUUGUUUGUUUCUACUCUAAAAUGGUUCAAGUCUUACCUCCCCCUUUCAUUUUCAACGAUUUUCAAAUUUGGACAUCAAGGGUUGACUUUCUUUUUCUUUUUUGAUAACUGAUGUCAAAGCAAUUCGAAACAACAUGAUAUGGGGAAAUUUGGUGCGCGAAGAUUUUGUUA